CCAGUCACUAGUGAAAUGAGCACAACAUAUAGACGUCCUGCAUUUUGGCGCGUGCCGGAUUAUAUACACGACGAGGAGAUCUUCGAACGUUACGCCGGUGCCGGUGGUCGUAGGAAAAGUUCACUCAUCUCCAGUACCAGUCGUCGGAAUAGUGUUAAAAAGCAUGUGCAUUUCAAAGAUGAUCCGCCCACGGUGAAUUCCACGUUAUCAGCAACAGUUCCAGUUCGGGCGUCCAAGGUUCAAGUCGGCAGUCCCGCCUACGGAGAAGUGCUGCGCGGCGACAUUAUCGCCAAGAUACGUGACUAUGACGCACGUGACGUAAGUCACGCUGACGCCGAGACGUUAUUCCGUAAUGCCGGCAAUGAAAUUAAAAUCGUCGUACAUCGUGACAGUAAAAUCGCAUACACACAAGGACUUGGCAGCGAUCCGUACAAAGCCGGGCUAGGCCCCUCACCAGUGAACAGCAUUAGUCCAGAUUUAACCAAUGCCAAUGUGCCACAUAGAGGACCCUCACCAUUCUUGCCAGGACCCGGCCAAUAUGAGCGCGCUCUACAACUGCCUGUUGAUUCAUUGCCGCAAACAGUAUUUCCGAAACUGAACGCCUCGGGCGGCUAUGUACCACCGUUGCCACAGCCACAGGGCGGCUGCUUCAGCCCGAUGCCAACACGCGAUCACCAGCAAGACGUCGCCGAGGAACAAGCGGCCAUUGUGAAUCAACCCUAUCGAACAACUCCAUUGGUACUUCCCGGUGCCAAGGUCAAGAAGGAUGCCCCAACCACAGAAUCUUACUUGAGGUAUCACCCAAAUCCGGCUGUGCGCGCUAACCGCGGCCACGAUUUUCAUGACAGUGUGAUGAAGCAACGCGUCGCUGACACCAUGUUGCACAAGGUCGUUGGUCAGGAUGCCGAUUCUGGCAGGGUAUUCCACAAACAAUUCAACUCUCCUAUUGGCCUGUACUCAGACAGCAACAUUGAGAGUACCAUCAGACAAACAGUUCCAAUUUUCAUCGAUCUAUCUUUCCUGGAACAUAAACGAAAAAUACUGGAGCAACAAAAACUUAGAGAACUGAAAGAACAGCAAGAACAACAGCAACGCCAACAACAACAGCAACAACUACAAAAUAUACAAAAAUUUUGAAACCAAAAAAAAUAAAACAAAAAAUGAAAGAGAAUUGUAUAGCGAAAAGAAAGAAUAUACGUAAACCCCCUACAAAAGAAGAAAGACUAGACAUAACACAUAAGCACAAAAUGAUUUUGUAACUUCGAUAUGAACGAAAUUUCGACUUUUCAUGUUUGAAAAUCAAAAAUAUUUUAAAAAAGUUCAGCACAAUACUUGAAAGAAUUAGCGCAUAAACCUAAUUGUUGUAAUUACUGAUUUUUUUUCUACCAAUUGAUACUCCUUUCUACACUGAAUUUAUGUUUUUUUGUUGUAAAAAGAGUGUUUGCAAUUUUCAAUUGGCCUGUGAUAUUCAUUCAUACCUUCAUAAGCACCAUAUUUAGCAACUUUUAAUACAAUAACCUAAAAAUAAAUUUUAAGUGAGGUUAUGGCACCUUGCAUAGUUUUUUUUAAUUGGUUAUUGUGGCACAUAGAUCAUGAAUUACGUACAUUGAAUGGCAUAUGUAUGUACGUUUAUAGCAAAUUCUAAUAAUUAAUUAUUUGAUUUAACUUUUUUUCUUUUAUUAAAUUUCACAUUUUUCAUUACACCAAAAAUUUAUUCUAGUGCUAAUUAUUGUUAUAUUUUUUUCAAAAUUUACAUUCCUACCGUUCAUUUUUAACCAGGGUUGCAAAUUGUUUAAUUAAAAAAAAUUGUAUAAAAACUAAGAUAUUAAUUUUUUAUUCCCAAAACAGACUUAAAAAUUGUAAUUUGCUAAGAUGUUGGCAUUAACAAUUAAAUUUUCAAUUUUAAGUUUCGAUUUGGCGUUAAAACAUUAAAUUUUCAAUUUUGGAAUCAGAAAUUUUGAGAUUAAAAACUUAAAAUUUUUUGUGACUAUAAAUUGAAAAUCAAAUAUUUUUUAAUAUUUAGUUCCGAUUUGGCGUUAAAAAAAUAAAAUUUUCAAUUUCGAAAUUAAAAAUUUUAUAAAUCUAAUUUUUAUUUUAAAAUGUGUGAGAUUUUAAAUUUUUAAUGAUAGAUUAAAUUUUGAAAAAUUGAGAAUAUAUAUACAUACAUAUAUGUACAUACAUACAUAUAUACUUUUUUGCAAUUUUUGGAUAAAGAAAUAAACAUCUUGAAUCAAAAAAAAAAAUUGAGGAAAAAAAUAUAUACAUAUGUAUAUUUUUUUUAACUUCUGGGACUAAUAAAUAACAAAAAAAAAAUCUUGGGUAAAAAAAAGUUACGAAAAAUUGGUGUAACAAAUUAAAAAAAAAUUUCUCAAUUUAAAAGCUGUAAUGAGAGAGAUGAAAAAAAGAGAAAUGUAUUAAGUAAUAAAAAAUAAUUAAAGGUUAUUAAAAGUAAAUAAGACAAAAAACUAAGUUAAUAUUUUUUUAAAUAAGUUUUACUCUUUCAAAAGACAAGCAUGAUGAAAGAACUCGAUGUUCGCAAUCGCAGAAAAUUAAAAUUCUAGAACAAUUUCUUUUUUAAAUAUAUAUUAAUUAAAAAUAUGGGAUAACAAUUUUAAAUUUUAAUGUAAUUUUAGGCUUAAAAAUAUAUAUUUUUUUAUUUUUCAUUUCGGUAUUUGCGAUUCGAAAUUUGAAAAUUAUUUUCAAUUAAGAUUUUUGCGAAAAAAUUUAAAUUCUAGAAUAACUUCUUAUUUCAAUUAUUAAUUAAAAAUAUGGGAUUACAAUUUUUGUUUCUUUUUUUCAAUUAUUUGAGAAUAUUUUUUUAUUUAUUUUUCAAUCAUUUGGAAAUAAAAAUUAAAAUUUUAAUAAAAUUUUUGGUUUUAAAAAAUAUAUAUUUUAAUGUAUUUUUCGAACCGGUAUUUGCGAUUAGAAAAUUCAAAAUUAUUCUUAGUUAAGAUUUUCGUUAUAAAAAAAAUUUCAAAUGUUAAUUAAAUUACGCAAUAUUUGCAACCCUGCUUUUUACUCUUAACUCCUACCAAAAUCUUCCUGUUCAAAAAUCCUGCACUACUUUUGAUUACCCAAAUUAUUAAAUAUUAAUAAUCCGGUGCUUUCCCAUUGGUUAACUGCUUUGCAGAGCAGAGAGCAAAGCUUGAGCACUUACUUACAACAAAAACAAUUACAUACGUACAUACCUGCAACCAACAUCAUACAGUUAUGAAAUAGCUAGUGUCUAUUUUAAAAUUUUUAAGCUAGAAGAACUGAAAUGAAAUAACGGUAAUGCUAUUAGAAUAGUUCUACUAACCGAUUUUUGCCAUGCUUUGCCUGAACUGAGUUACAAUUUAGUACUUAAGAUUUGCUGCUGCAUAUGUAAAUACAUAAAUACAUAUAUACAGUUCAUUUAUAAAUAUAUAUCUGCUCAUGUCGCUGACAUUACAUAAUCAGUUUUACAGGCAUACGUAUAGUAACAUACAUACAUAUGUAGUUGCAUAUUCAAGCAUUUGCACACUGCGCACGCCCACGCAUACAAAUUAGCAACAUUCUUACAUACAUACAUACUAAAUUCAUUUUUUAAACAAAUUAUAAUAGACACAAAAUAUUAAUUUGUUUGCAAAAUUUUAAUGACUAUUAAUUCUAACGUAUUGUGCACAUCCUGUUUUUUUCUUUCUCUCUCUCACACAAACACAUACACAAAUUCUCAACGCAACUGCAAUGUCAAAAACUAAAAAAAUACAUACAUAUACAUAAAUAUAUGUAUAUAUAUAUUAUAUAAAAUCGAUGUAUAUUGAAUAUUCAAAAACUAAAUGCGAAAUGAAUUCGAAACGAUUUGAUUGGGGCUGAACUUAAAUCCACAACAAAAACCAAAAAAAAAAAACGAUAUUGUUAUUAUUGUUAUACAAAACAUAUUUGAAACUAAAAACUGUAAAAAACGACAUCAACAACAACAAACAAACUAACUAUUUCGAAAUCCGCCAUAAACUGUGACAAUUAAAAACCGCUACGAUACACCGAAAAAAACGUUGAAAAAAAAAACUUUCAAAAAAAUCGUUGAACUGUGCCAUUGUUCGUCCGCAUGUGACACCUAUCAACCACGGACGCCAUCGAUACUGUGGCAUGGUAUACUUGCAAUAUGCGCAAUUGAAUCAAAAACAAAUUGCAUAUCGAUUACAUAAUUACCACAAUGUAAUGGCAUAAUGGAAAACGUCAAAAUGGAAACACAAAAAAAAUUUAAAUAAUUAAAAAAAUUGAAAUAAUUAAAAAAAAUUAA